CAGAUUUAACCCCCACGAUUCCCAAGAAGCGAAAAAAAAAAUUCCAAAAUCAAAACCCCCAAAAAACACAAAAAAAAAAUGGAAUCUUCAACCCUCGUAGCUUUACUCUCCUCCAUCUCCCAACUCCUCCUCCUCCUCGUCCUCUCCCCCAAUCCCUCCACCGAUUCCUCCUCCCCCAACCAUGCCUUCCCCGCCGUCCACCACUUCCUCUCCUCCCAAGAAAUCGCCGCCACCCUCUCCCUCCUCUCCCUCUCCCGCAAACGCAAGCGGGCCCGUCUCGACUCCUCCGAGCCCACUCCCCCGGCCCAACUCGGCCUCCCUCUCCCUCUCCCUCGCACUCCCGACUCCUUCAAGACUUCUUUCCGAAUGACCUCCUCAACCUUCGAGUGGCUCUGCUCUUUACUCGAGCCCUUACUCGAGUGCCGGGACCCGAUUGGCUCCCCGCUCAAUCUCUCCGCCGACCUCCGCCUCGGAAUCGGCCUGUUCCGCCUGGCCACCGGAGCCAAUUACCCGGAGAUAUCAAGACAGUUCCGGGUUUCCGAGUCUGUGUCGAGAUUUUGCUCCAAGCAAUUGUGUCGUGUUCUCUGCACUAACUACCGGUUCUGGAUUGAGUUUCCGAAUAAGACUGAGCUUGAAUCGGUGUCUUCGGGUUUCGAAACCCACACCGGGUUGCCCAAUUGCUGCGGUGUGAUUGACUGUACCCGGUUCAAGUUUGUGAGAAGUAAUGGGGUUGAUCAAGAAGAAGUUGCAGCCCAAAUCAUGGUGGAUGCUAAUUCCAGAAUUCUCAGCAUUGUGGCUGGGUUCAGGGGGAAUAAAAGCGAUGCUAGGGUUUUGAAGAGUUCGACUCUGUAUGCAGAUAUUGAGGGUGGGAAGUUACUGAAUUCGGAUCCGGUUAGUGUGAAUGGGGUGCCGGUGAAUCAGUACUUGGUUGGAGAUGAAGGGUACCCUUUGCUUCCUUGGCUUAUGGUGCCCUUUGUUGAUGCAAUGCCGGGGUCGGAUGAGCAGCAAUUCAAUGCAGCACACAGUAGAAUGCGGCUUUCGGGGCUUAGAGCUAUUGAUAGUUUGAAGAAUUGGGGGGUUUUGAGCAUACCGAUUCGCGAGGAGAUGAAGAUGGCUGUUGCUUAUAUUGGUGCUUGUUCUAUUCUACAUAAUGGUUUGUUGAUGAGGGAGGACUAUUCGGCAAUGUCUGCUGGGUUGGAUGAUUACUCUGUCUAUGAUCAGAGCUCUCAGUAUCAUAGGGACAAUUCGAGUUUGGAGGAGAGUUCAAUUGAGAGGAAGGCUUCUGUUAUAAGAAAUGCAUUGGCUACAAAAGCAAAAGAGUUUCAAGAAUCAAUAUUUUCGACACAUUCUAGCUCGUUGGUGUCAUUGCAAUCACCCUAGGAAAUUGGUUCAAUAGAGGGAGCUGAUAUAGAACAAUUUUGUUUGUCAGGUACUUUUAGAUUACUUUUCUUUCAUGAUCAUUGUUGUGUUUCCUUAGAUCACAGGCCCUUUGUUUCUUUUACAUUCUUUUGAUUUAUUUCGGAAAAGAAUUGCUAUUUGAAUUCAA